CGGCGUUUCUUUUGCCAAGACAAUGUGGAGAAGCGAGCUUAUCAUACACUGGCUGACAUUGGUCCUCAGCAUGGACAUUGCAAUAGCCAUGGCUGACAAGGGACGCUUUGAGUCGGCGGUACCACCCGCGCCCCGUUGGGGCGCCAACAUGCAGAUGCUCCGACGACACAACAGCGCUGCCUUUGACUAUUGGACGGACGACAGCGAUAGCAACAUAUGGGAGCACUGCGGCCUCUUCGAGGGCGACAUUAUGCUCCAUCGCGAAUUUCUGCGCAAUGGGCUACUCAACGAGCGACAGACGUGGCCAGAUGCCGUCGUGCCCUUCUACAUAGAUUCACAGGACUUUACGGCCAAUCAGACUAUGGUUAUACUCAAAGGAUUAAAGGAAUAUCACGAGCGCACCUGCAUACGCUUCCGGCCGUACGAGUCAGGUGACAAGAAUUGGCUACUUAUCAAGGGCAACUAUUCAGGCUGCUGGUCAAGCGUCGGUCGUCGCCAAGGCGGUCAAAUUCUCAAUCUUAAUACACCGAAAUGCGUCACGCACGGCGUUGUGGUUCAUGAGCUGUUGCACGCUUUGGGUUUUUACCAUCAACAGAGUGCCACGGAGCGUGACGAGUACGUUAAGAUCAACUGGGAGAAUAUCUUGGACGGCCAUGCACACAAUUUCAACAAGUACUCGCGCACACAUAUCACCAACUUUGGUGUGGAGUAUGACUAUCAGAGCGUAAUGCACUACAGCUCCAGGGCAUUUAGUAAGAAUGGCAAGGCCACUAUUGAACCACUGGAUCCAUACGCCUCGUUAGGCCAGCGACGCGGCUUGUCUGAUAAAGAUGUGUCCAAACUCAACGAGAUGUACGAACAGGACUGCAAUGGAAGUUACCUGUUGGGCUUUGAUAGCUUUGGCAACUAUCUAAAUGAGCUGAUUGAUUACUUUCAGGGUAAUCUGCAGGAUUUGUUUGGCUAGACAACAAUUAUAAUUUACAUUUGAACAAAUCAAAUAACAUUUAAUAAAGUAUAAGCAGUUGUCUAGGCAACAAA